AUGGCUUCUUCAAUCGCCCCCAACAACCUCCUCAGUAAUGCAGCGCAAUCGAGGAUAUGCACCGCAUUUGGUAUCAAGAUAACGCCGGAUACAUCGAUAGUACACAUUGCCAAAGCAGCUGGCUAUGACUCGUUGUUCAUCGACCUGGAGCAUACAGCCAUGACAAUCAAAGAUGCCAAUCAACUAUGCAUCACAGCAAACUCAGCUGGGAUCACGCCCUUCGUUCGCGUGCCACACCAGUGCGGUAAUGGAAUUCCGCUAGAAUCAUCUUUCUGGUACCGAAUAUGGCUGACAAAUAUGAUGUUAACAGAUGAUGCUCUCCGCGCGAUAAACAUCUCUAAAUAUCCUCCCAUGGGCAAACGAUCAAUCAGCGCCGGCUUCCCUCACUUCGAAUUCGCUCCCGUACCUACCACCACCAUGACUGCGCAGAUGAACACAACCGGCUCUACUGUCUUCAUUAUGAUAGAGACGGCGGACGCUCUUGCAGCUGUCGACGAUAUCGCCGCGCUAGCAGGCGCCGAUGUACUCCUCGUCGGCUCCAACGACCUAGCUUCAGAAAUCGGAACUCUGGGCGAUUGGGACGCACCAUGCUUCCUAGCCGCGCUGGAAAAGGUGGGUGCAGCUGCGAGAAAACAUGGCAAGAUUAUGGGUAUUGCAGGAUUGUACCAUAGGCCAGAUAUAUUGGAGCGCGUGAUCAAUGAGUUCGGCGCAAAGUGGGUAGUGGGUGCUCAGGAUGUUGGGCUCUUGUUGCAAGGCGGAACAGCAAACUCUGCUUUAUUAAGAAGUUUACAAAAGUAA